CUCGGGUGUAGCGCGCGGAAGCGCGAGUCCGCACCGGCGCAGUCGCAGGGGCGGCGGGGCAGGUUUGGAGCAGGCUAGCGAGCACCUGGGCCUGUGCUGCUGUCGUGCGUGGGGAGAGCCGUAGGUGUGGGGUUCGUUACCGAGGGGACACUGGCAGCUCCUGGGUACUCCCUCCCAUUUCCGUUACUUAUCCCCGUCUUCUCAGUGUCAUUUUUUUUUUUGACUUCACUUUUGCAAAGAUUGACUUUGCCUCAGCUUCAGCAAACUCAUCGUCUAAGAUCGGUGCGUGUGUAUCAUGUUUACAAGUCACUGAGAAUUAAGCACAGCACGUAUAAGCUGGAAAACCAAAUAAGAAAUGUAUUCCUUCUCAGUUGUAAUUUAACUUGCUAAAGCCAGUUUUUCGGUUGGCUUGGGCAGAAAACUGAAAAGAGAAUGCUCCACUUUAACCGAUGUCAGCAUCUGAAACAAAUAACUGAGAAAUGUUUUUCUGUUAUCCAUGUUAACAUGGAUAAACAUGUACAGCUAUUUCUUUCAAGAACCUUUGUGCUUGCAGAAUCAAGGAAGUCAUGGCACUCAACCCACUCUCUUGGUGGAGACAAAAAUAUUGUCCUGAUGGGACCGCCUGGAGCUGGGAAAACAACAGUAGGCAGAAUAAUAGGUCAGAAAUUAGGUUGUUGUGUCAUAGAUGUGGAUGAUGAUAUCCUUGAAAAAACCUGGAAUAUGAGUGUGUCUGAAAAAUUACAGGAUGUUGGUAAUGAACAAUUUUUAGAAGAGGAAGGAAAAGCCGUGUUAAACUUCUCUGCAUCUGGAAGUGUAAUUUCCCUUACUGGGUCCAAUCCAAUGCAUGAUGCUAGCAUGUGGCAUUUGAAGAAAAAUGGAAUAGUCGUAUACUUGGAUGUACCUCUAACGGAUAUAGUUAGCCGUCUAAAAUUAAUGAAAAUAGAUAGGAUUGUAGGUCAGAAUUCUGGGACAUCUAUGAUAGAGUUACUUAAAUUAAGAAGACAGUAUUAUAAGAAGUGGUAUGAUACCCGGGUUUUUUGUGAAAGUGGGGCUUCCCCAGAGAAGGUAGCUGACAAAGUGCUUAAUGCAGUUAAAAGAUAUCAAGAUGUGGACUCAGAAACAUUUAUUUCAACAAGACACAUUUGGCCUAAAGACUGUGAACAAAAGAUUUCAACAAAAUUUUUUAGCGAAGUUGUGAUUGAGGGGUUAGCGUGCGAUGGUGGACUCUUUGUUCCUGAGAAGGAAUUUCCAAAAUUAAACUCUGGGGAAUGGAAAAGCCUAGUGGGAGCAACCUAUGUAGAGAGAGCACAAAUACUGUUAGAAAAGUGUAUACAUCCUGCUGACGUACCUGCUGCCAGAUUGGGAGAAAUGAUUGAAAGUGCUUAUGGGGAAAACUUUACCUGCUCAAAAAUUGCCCCUGUCAGGCACCUUUCUGGCAACCAGUUCAUCCUGGAGUUGUUUUAUGGACCAACAGGAUCAUUUAAAGAUUUAUCUUUACAGCUUAUGCCUCAUCUCUUUGCAUACUGUAUCCCACCAAGUUGUAAUUAUAUGAUACUUGUAGCAACUUCAGGAGACACAGGGAGUGCUGUCUUAAAUGGUUUUAGUCAUCUUAAUGAGAAUGACAAACAAAGAAUAGCUGUGGCCACAUUUUUCCCUGAGAAUGGAAUAAGUGAUUUUCAAAAAGCUCAAAUAAUUGGUAGUCAGAAAGAAAAUGGAUGGGCAGUGGGUGUCAAGUCAGAUUUUGAUUUUUGCCAGACAGCUAUAAAAAGAAUUUUUAAAGAUUCCAAUUUUACUGGCUUUCUUACUGUGGAAUAUGGAACAAUCCUGAGUUCAGCUAAUUCCAUAAACUGGGGUCGACUGCUUCCCCAAGUAGUUUAUCAUGCUUCUGCAUAUCUUGAUCUUGUUAGCCAAGGAUUUAUUUCUUUUGGAAGCCCAGUGGAUGUCUGUAUUCCCACAGGAAAUUUUGGUAACAUUUUAGCUGCAGUGUAUGCCAAAAUGAUGGGGAUUCCUAUUCGGAAAUUUAUUUGUGCCUCUAAUCAGAACCACGUUUUGACUGAUUUUAUAAAAACAGGACAUUAUGAUCUAAGGGAAAGAAAAUUAGCACAGACCUUUUCACCAGCAAUAGAUAUUCUCAAAUCUUCAAACCUGGAACGACACUUACACUUGAUAGCUAAUAAAGAUGGACAAUUAAUGACAAAAUUAUUUAAUCAAUUAGAAGAGCAGCAUCACUUCCAGAUAGAAAAGAUUCUAGUUGAGAAACUUCAACAGGAUUUUGUAGCUGAUUGGUGCUCUGAGGGGGAGUGCCUAGCAGCUAUUCACUCCACCUACAAUACUUCAGGGUAUAUUCUGGACCCCCACACUGCUGUUGCGAAAGUGGUUGCGGACAGAAUGCAAGACAAGACUUGUCCAGUGAUCAUCUCAUCUACAGCCCAUUACUCAAAGUUUGCACCUGCUGUCAUGCAGGCUUUAAAGAUUCAAGACAUCAACCAAACUUCAUCAAGCCAACUUUAUUUAUUGAGUUCAUACAAUGCUUUGCCUCCACCACACGAGAUUUUACUAGAGAGAACAAAACAGCAAGAGAAGAUGGAGUUCCAGGUCUGCCCAGCUGAUGUGAAUGUCCUGAAGAGUCAUGUGGAAAAACUAAUACAAAAUCAAUUCAUAUAAAAGUUUUCUGAGUAAAAUAUUUGUUUCUGGUAAUAAGCAUGCAGUAAUAAAUCACAAAAGUUGAUUUGGAGUACAAUAGCAUUUUAAAUUUAAAUACCUAUGUCUGUAUUGUUAUCUUUUGGAAGUUCAAUAGCCUAAUCUCUACAACUGAACUUUGGACCUUGCACAUGCUCUGUGAACCAUUAACCUGGAAGUGACAAAAAGGAAGCAUUGUGCGUGGAGCCUUGUGCUGUUCUGCUGUGUUUGGAUAUAUCGGUUUCUACUUCCUUACCCCCACUUUUAGGUGGACCAAAAUGUCUGGUAUUCAGUUUGGCAAUUGAAAUAUUUAAGCACAGUUGCUUACUACUACAUCUAAUUAUUACUGGUUCUCUGUUGAUGAGAAAGAUAAUUUACCACUCAAAUGGCUGACUUGUAUGUGUGAAGCAGUAAGCUCAUCUAUUAAAAUUGAGUCAGUGUUUUUAACUUUAUUUAGAAUUCAUUUGGGUUCAAAUAAUUGUGUGUAUGCUACACCAUCCAAAUUAGAUAAGUACUCUGUCCUUCACUCCCAUUUGGAUGUUUAUAGUUACAGUAUAUAGUUUGAAAAUCAAGAUUCAGAAAUAAAAUUAUUUCAAGAGAAUAAAUUUUCAAAAUUCAGUGUGUGAGUAGUUUUAAUAGAAGUAUGUUUAUAGGUAGCAGUUUUCCUGUAUAUUAAUUGUCUCUGUUUACAAUGAACAUGGUCUUUUUUGACAACUAAAACCAUACACAACUGAUGCAUAUGUUAAUUCUUUGUAGUAACUGCAUUUUAAUGAGACAUUUAUGAAUUUAUUGGAUUAUUUUUUUCUGAAUUAAAGAUUAUCACUGAGCCCUGGCCAAGUAGCUCAGUUGGUUAGAGUGUCAUCCAAAUAUGCCAAGGUUGAGGUUUGAUCCCUGGUCAGGGGACGUACAAGUAUCAACCAAUGAAUGCAUAAAUAAGUGGGUCAACAAAUCAGUUCUCUCUCUCUCUCAAUAAAAGAAAAAAAGAAGAUUGUCAUUGAAAGGACAUGUUAGUGUAAUGGACUACUCUCAGCCACAAGAUGGCAUUCCUAACAUGACUUGUCAUUGCUGAUAAUAUUUUACCUCAUUUUCCAGGAGAACCAUCUCCAUGAAAAAAAUUAAAAGUUACUUGGAAAACCAGUAGUUUAAUGAGCAUGAAUACUUUGUUUAAAAUUUUAAAAAUGCAAACCAAUUACGUAUUAACCUUGGCUCUCUGUCUUCUAAAAAGUAAGUUCUAAAACCAAAAAUUGAAAACCAGGAGCACUUGUAAGAAAAUAAUGAGGUUUCAAAGUUCAUUUUUAGUUAUUUUAUGAUUUGCUUUUAAGGAUUUUUGUCCCAGGAGUUGACAUUUAUAAAAUACAUCUAAAUGUUCGAUAUAUACAUAAGAAUACACUUUCUGAAAGAGGGAGGGACAGAUGCACAAAAGUCGUUUCUGCCCUCAAGAACUGUAGUUAGGGAGACAACACUUAAAAAUCAAAUCAUGUACAACGCAGUUAAUGCAAGACAGUCCAUAAGUGAAACAGUGAUACAUUCAAGUAUUGUAAUUAAGGAAAAUAUUACUAUGGGAUAGGUUUCAGAGGAAAGAACGUGAGGUGAGUCUUGAAGCAUUGGGAAACUUUCUGAGAGGAGGAGGAAAUGUAUUCUAGACAGAGACCAGGGAAAUAGGUAAGGUGAAAUGUCUGAGAAAGCACCUGCAUUUAUGUGUGGUCAGUUUGUUCUCUUAACACACUUGCACUUUUUCCCAAAACCAGCUCUUGUCCUUCCCUCUCAGUUAAUGAUAGUGCCUCAUUCAAGAGGAGGAACAAGCCAUCAGAUAUGACAUACCUUGGUUUCCCAUCACCAAAUGUAGUAAGUCUGCUGCACCUGUUUCUAUCCUUUCCUAUUCUACUUUGAAAUUAGGUCAAAUUCAUCUUCCUUUUAGAGGCGGACCUCUUCAGGAGUGCCUUGGACUCUGUCCUUUGUAGCAUUCGAGUAACUUACUUCAUCAGUUGUGUCCUUUCCCAUUUCUUCAACUUCUCUCUGAUGGAACCUUUUUUGCUACGGCAUUCAGAUGUCGUCUUUUCCUAUCUGAAAAAAGCAUAAGAGCAAAAGAAAAUCUCAAUGUCCAGAUAUCUUCUCCAUAUAAUCUUCAAAAAGGGUUGUCUCAUACAGGUCUCUACGUUUUACUCAUUAUCUCCAGGUUAUGUACAAGGUAUAUGUUUAAGGAUGAAUAAUACACAUGUGGUCAUGGCCUCUCCUUAAGAAUAGAACAUUAUGUAUAACUUUGAUACUCACUGUGGCCCCUCUUAAAUUACAUUCUCUUCUCUCGCCUAGAGGUACCACUAUCCUAGAAUUUCUAUUCAUCACUGCCUUGUUUGUAUUUAUAGUUUUGCAUUACUUCGUUUGCCUCUUUUUGAAUUUUAUAUAAAUAGAACCAUUGUAUGUAUGUUUCCAUCACAUUUUGAUGAAAAACUUGAAAACCCAUUCAUGCAAAUGAGUGAAGCCACAGUUCAUUAAUUUUUAUUACUAUGUGAUAUUUUAUUGUGUGAGUAGGACAACAUAUCAGUUUACCAGUUAAUGGAUAUUUAGAUUGUCUAAUUUUUAUCUGUUCUUGUACUCAAUAUAUAUACUGUUUUAUUAAAUUUGUGUUGAGGCCUAAUGAAUAUGGGCUUCCGAACAUUUGUGAUUCUAGUGAUAUGUAAAAAUAUAUUUGAUUUCUUUGCAUUCAGAUGAAGAUGUAUGGUUUAUGAAAUGAAAAUUAUCAAUUUUCAGGAUAUAGUUAUAAUUUCUGGCUCUCACUAUCUUUGAAAUUAUUUUAUAAUGUGAAUUCGUAAGAUUUUUGAAGAAAUUAGUUUCAAUUAUGUAUUAGUACAAAUUGUAAAAUAUGUUUCCAUCAAAAUAAGAGUUUUGAGCCCUGGCUACUGUAGCUCAGUGGAUUGAGCGCAGGCCUGUGAACUAGAGGAUUGCAGUUCGAUUCUCAGUCAGGGUACAUGCCUGGGUUGCAGGCCAGUUCCCAGUAGGGACACACUCGAGAGGCAACCAUACAUUGAUAUUUCUUUCCCUCUCUCCUUCCUUUCCCCUCUAAAGAUAAAUAAAUA